AACAUUAAUUAUAAAACUCCAUUUCUUUAGAUGAAAGAUGUUGACAAACAGUAUAUAAAACCAAUUACUAAGUGUGAAAGUAGCACACAGACGGAUACACACAUACUGCCACCAACAAUUGUGAGAUCAUAUGAGUGGAAUGAAUGGGAAUUAAGAAGAAAAGCUAUAAAACUGGCCAAUUUGCGUCAGAAAAUUACUCACUCAGUACAAACUGAUCUUAGUCACAUGAGAAGAGAAAACUGUUCACAGGUGUACCCCCAAAAGGAUGCCAGCACGCAGUCCAUGAAAGAAGGCAGCACCCGGGUGCCGAGGCCUCAAAUUUACAUGGCUGGUCUCCGAGAGCGACAGAGCAAAACCACCUACGGGGUCAAGAUGGAUUUAACUAGAGUUGUUGAUGAAACCUAGUUAGAGACCGUAUUUUUAAAGCAGAUACCAUCAAAUUGUGAACAAUGGCAAAUAUUUAAAAGUAUCUUUGCAUCCAUGAAAAUGAGUUAAUUUUGUGUGAUUGGCACAUCCACUGGUUGUGUGAGUGUUCUUUUGAGUCUCAUAUUCACUGUUAAACUGCUAUAAAAAACCAAAAAUUGUUUUCUGUAACACAUUUUUCAUUUUAUUAAAGUUGAAGAGUAAA